AUGGAUUUACAAGAUGAUAAUGAUGAAAAAACUCUUGGGGAUGUAAUCAUGGAGAAGGAUCAAGAUGAAUAUGGGGAUGAUGAUGAAUGGUUAGAGGAUGUUUCAUCAACAUUCAAGGAUGGAGAUCGGAAUCGAUUCAUGUUGUCUCUUCCAUUUAUUCAAUUAUUGGAACGUCUCAUGGUUCAGCAACAACAACACAACGAAUUUGAUGAAUACAUGGAUGGAGUGCUGGAUCGACACUAUUACAGGUGUGAGGGAUCGUCCGUGCAUGAAAUUCUCAAUACCAAGUCCAUACAAAAGACGGUCCUAAUGAUGCGUUCCACUCUACAAGCACAUCAUCCUAUUAUUGAAUAA